AAGAAUUUACCAAAAUAUUUUUAUUUCAUUUAUAAAUAUUAAAAUUGAUUAAAUAGAGAGAGACAGGUGAUAGUUAGCAAUGAAUGCUCUCGUUGGUACAACUCCUCAUUCGUCUCCGCAAAAAUAGCAAGUUCUUAAACAAGAAAAAAAAAAAAAACUCAUAUUAACGAUUUUAUUUCUCGUGAGUUUGAGAUUCUCUCUCUCUCGUGGAUUCGUUAAUUCUGGAAAGUUUGUUUAUUUUCAAAAGAAGAAGAAGAUGGAUUCGUCAUGAAAGCUAUGAUAAUCAUCAUGUUUCUUACUAACCUCAAUAUACAAGAACAGGGCUUUUCAAGAACGUAGCAUUCUCUGUUUCUGUCUCAAUCCCUUUUGAUUUUUUUGUGUUCGCAGAUUCAUCAAAUGUCGGUUCUUUCUUCUCGGACAGGACGAGAUCGUCAACGUUACGACAACAACUUCCGUCUCGUUUCUGGGCUGAUUAAAGCUGACGAAAUUGAAGAAGACUCAAGUGUUGACUUUGUUAACAAACUUGAAGUUCUUAUGGUUUCAUCUCCUAAUCGUCAUGAUCUUGUCUUCCCAAAGGGAGGGUGGGAAGAUGAUGAGACUGUUCUUGAAGCUGCUUCUCGUGAAGCCAUUGAAGAAGCAGGUGUUAAAGGAAUACUUAGAGAAGUUCCUUUAGGAGUUUGGCAAUUUAGAAGCAAAAGUAGCACAGUGGAGGAUGAAUGUUUAGGUGGAUGCAAAGGAUAUAUGUUUGCGUUAGAGGUUACCGAAGAACUCGAGGAUUGGCCAGAGCGAGAGAACCGCCAGAGGAAAUGGUUGAAUGUUAAAGAAGCGUUGGAGCUUUGUCGGUAUGAGUGGAUGCAGAGAGCACUUGAAGAUUUUUUGAGAGUAAUGGAAGAUGAAGGAAGAUUGACAACAGAGGAAGAGCCAGUGCAGGAUUCUUCAAAGCUAGAGGAGGAGUGUCAAAUAGAUCCUUGGUAUUGUUUUGUAGUUAAUUAGUUUUUCAUAUUCUUUAGCUAAUGUAAACAAAUUGAAAACAUGAGAAGUAAAGUGACUUCAAACACA